GCUGGGUUGGUGACGUGUUAUAAUUCAAAACAGACAACUCUGGCUAGGGCAAACACCGAAUCCGUUACAACACUACUUUCACGCGCGACCAUGCCAGGAAAGAAUCAUACCGAAUUGCAACAACGUGUGCCUGUCUACCACGAUCCCUGGGCCAGACGUGAGGCAUGGCGCAAGCACCCAAUCUUCUCCAAGGGCUCCAACUUUAGAACCAUGUUCCCAGGUCUCGGCAUUGCUACCGUCGCAUUUAUUGCUUACUGUGGUGUUGAAGAAUUCUUCCUCAAGGACAAGAAGCAUCAUUAAAAGAUCAGAAUGACCUCGGACAAAACGGCACGUACAACAAAGUAGCGCACAUGUACACAUGACGACAACGAUAACAAUACUUCUACAACAACCUCUAUGGUCGAAACGAAAAACAAUAGAGCAUUUACAAACAUUCACAACCGAUUCUCGUACCCGGCAGCCAUAAUAAAAAAAUUAUAUCUAAAAAAAGCCUUCACAUGAGUUAUAUUCAAAGUUGCACAAGUGUCUAUCGAAAUCCGGGAUGCAAAAAAUGGCUACUUUGGUUGUUGAGAUGCUUUUGAUAAUUUG